UGUAGUUUAUUGCUUACUAAAAUGGAAAAAAUAUAAGUUGCCUUGUUUUUUCCUUGUGAAUUUGCAUUGUAUUCAGAAAUUUGCUUUCCACUUUUUGGUUUUACAUGUUGUCUUGAAGUUCUAAAGUGAACUGAUUUUGCCCACCUGAAAACUGGUUCUCUUGCUGGGAAACAGCCAUUUAUUUCAUCUUAAAACCACCAAAAGAGAAAUUUUUUAAGUUUUAAUAUCUUUUGGUUUUAACCAUUUAUUUCUUGUAAAAUUUUAAUCUGUGAAGGCAGUUUUACGGAGCUUUAGAUAUUAUACAACAGUUUGCAAAGCAUUAAAAUCUUUUGCAAAAAUGGAGUCAAGGGAAGGUAUGAAUUCUGGAGUAACAGUGAUAGCUCCAGAAGCUCCAUCAAACUAUCAUAUGGCAUCAAGAACUGAAUCUACUCCAGUGGCAGCUGGAACAUCACAGGUGAUUACACCUGCAUUAGGUACUGGCAUUCCAAUGACCUCAGAGAAGAAGAAAAGGGGCAGGCCUAGGAAGUAUGGGCCUGAUGGGGCAGUGGCAAGGACACUUUCACCUAUGCCUAUUUCGGCGUCGGCACCACCAACCUCCAGCAACUACUUGUCGGAGAAAGUGAGUGUUGCCCGUCCGGCGUCGGAGAAGAAGCCUCGCAACAAAGUGGGGGCUGAAAAUUUAGGUGAAUGGAUUUCAUGUUCCACAGGUGGCAACUUUUUGCCACACAUGAUUACAGUUGAAGCUGGUGAGGAUGUUACCAUGAAGAUAAUCUCAUUUUCUCAGCAAGGACCUCGAGCUAUUUGCAUUAUUUCUGCUGUUGGGUUGAUAUCAAAUGUUACUCUACGGCAGCCAAAUUCAUCAGGGGGAACUUUGACUUAUGAGGGUCGAUUUGAAAUCCUUUCUUUGUCUGGAUCCUUUACUCCAACAGAGUUUGGGGGUUCUCGUACUAGCAGAACUGGAGGAAUGAGCAUUUCUUUGGCAAGUCCUGAUGGUCGUGUUGUCGGAGGUACACUUGCAGGACUGUUGAUAGCUGCUAGUCCUGUCCAGGUUGUAGUGGGCAGUUUUCUACCAAGCAACCACCAAGAGGUCGCCAAGCCAAAGAAACAGAAAGCAGAACCCAAGGCACUAGCUUAUGCAACGGUCUCUCCUGCUGCGCCCCAUAGCUCUAAUAUGGAGCCUAGAAGUUCCAACGCCCACACUGUAAAUGUUCCUGGAGCUGGAACUCAAAAUGUUAUGUCUUCUUCCAUUCAACCAAAUCACUGGGCUGCUAUGCCAGCUGUUCAAGAUUCAAGAAAGUCUGCUACAGAUAUUAACAUAUCGUUGCAGGGAGAGUAAUCUAACUCACAUGAAUUCAUUCCCAGAUUCUGAAGCUCUUCACACGUGGUACCUGAAUAGUAUAACUUGUGUUAGGAUAGAAUCUGUUAUUUCAGCCGAAGAGCAUCUAUGAUUAUGGUGUAGUUGCAGAUUCUUAGUUGUAGGGAACUGAGUGCUUUACAUUUAACACGUUUGGUUAAAAGUUUAAGGUUCGUAGUUACACCCAAAUUGAGACUCUUUUGGGUAGUUUCGGAAAUAUCUUGUAUCUCAAAUUCUGUAUUAUUCUGAAAGGCUCUAAGCCUCUAAUAUUGUGCUAAAAUGGAAACGUGUAGGAACUAUUGAAAAUGUAUAAUAAGUUUUUAACUUAA